AUGCCACAAACACCAGUCGUGUCCGCGUUGUCGUCGGUCAACAAACAUCAAGACCUAGAAAGCCAACCAGAGACAGAAACAAGGCGUCUGGAGCAUCCUCUCAUGUACAACGCAACACCGUCGACGGUUUUGGUGGACUUUGAUGGCAGCGACGACCCUUACCAGCCAAUGAACUGGCCAUUCCAGAAAAAGGUCGUCACCACGCUGCUGUACGGCUUCACCACCUGCUGGGUCACAUUUGCGUCGGCCGUGUACUCGGCAGCACUGGGACAAAUCUCGCACGAGUUCAAUGUCAGCGUGGAAGCAGCAGCAUCGGGUGUCAGCCUCAUCGUCUUUGGCUUUGGUCUGGGCCCGCUGAUCUGGGCUCCGCUCAGCGAGGUCUAUGGACGAAAAUGGGUGCCAUACUUUAUUGCUGCUGUAUUCUCCUUUGGAACAGCAACUGCAAAGGACAUUCAGACCGUUCUCAUUACCCGAUUCUUCACUGGCUUCUUUGGCAGCGCGCCCGUGACCAACACGGGCGGUGUCAUGGCGGAUAUUUGGCCUGCAGAGCAGCGUGGCAUCGCCAUUGUCGGUUACGCAAUCACAAUUGUCGGCGGACCGACCCUCGGGCCCAUCAUCGGCGGUGCCGUUGCCUCGAGCUCCCUGGGCUGGCGGUGGACCGAGUACUUGACAGGCAUUGUCAUGAUGGCCCAGGUUCCCUUGGAUAUCUGCUUGCUGGACGAAAGUUUCCCCCCGGUUUUGCUGGCAUACAAGGCUCGUCGGCUGCGACUUGCCGGAAAGAAUUUCGCACUUCACGCCAAGCACGAAGAGGGCGGUCUCUCAAUCAAGCAACUUUCGCAAAAGUACCUUGUUCGCCCGCUCCAGAUGUUGGGCACGCCCAUUUGCCUGCUAAUGAGCAUCUACGCCUCUUUUGUGUACGGCAUCCUGUACGCGAAUCUCGAAGCCUUUUCCAUUGUUUUCCAGGAAAUUCGACACUGGGGACCUGUUGUAGGCAAUCUUCCAUUCAUUGCCCUUCUCGUCGGAAUCUUCUUCGCCGCCGCCGUAAACAUUUACAAUAACAAGUACUACUUUGAGAAGUUCAAGGCCAAUGGCAACAAGGCCGUUCCAGAGGCUCGACUGCCACCAAUGAUGGUUGGAGGAUUCGCUUUCACAGCAGGCCUCUUUGUAUUCGGCUGGAUCUCUUCACCUCACAUCAAUUACUGGCCUUCCAUUGUUGGCAUCGCAUUGACUGGAUUUGGGUUCACAACCAUUUUCCAAGCGGCGCUCAACUAUUUGGUCGACACGUUUACCAGCUUCAGUGCCAGCGCUGUCGCAGCCAACACGUUUCUUCGUUCCAUGCUGGCAGGUGCGUUUCCACUGUUCAUUUUACCAAUGUAUCACAAUAUUGGUGUUGCCUGGGGUACCACCGUGUUUGCUUGCUUUGCAGCACUUUUGAUCCCGGUGCCGUUUCUCUUCUUUGUCUGGGGAAAAGCUAUUCGUGCUCGGGGAGAGUGGAGUAAGCAUACCGUAUAA